AUGUCGGGUGCCGUGGGCCGAGAGCCAGUCUUCCCCACUCGCCAGUCGCUGGGGUUGAUGAAGAGCAAGCUGAAGGGGGCGGAGACCGGCCACAGCUUGCUGAAGAGGAAGAGUGAAGCCUUGACAAAACGAUUCCGAGAGAUCACACGGCGCAUCGAUGAGGCCAAACAAAAGAUGGGCCGGGUCAUGCAGAUUGCCGCCUUCUCGCUGGCCGAAGUGAGCUAUGCCGUUGGAGGAGAUAUUGGUUACCAGAUCCAAGAGUCGGCCAAACAGGCUCGUUUCCGUGUACGAGCUAAGCAUGAGAACGUGUCGGGUGUUUUGCUGCCUCAAUUCGAAAGCUAUACACAGGAGGGGGUCAAUGACUUUGGUUUGACUGGUCUUGGGAAGGGAGGACAGCAGAUUCAGCGCUGUCGCGAGACAUAUGCUCGAGCUGUGGAGACUCUGGUGGAGUUGGCUAGUCUACAGACUGCCUUUUUAAUUCUGGAUGAGGUGAUCAAGGUUGUCAACCGCAGAGUAAAUGCCAUUGAGCAUGUCAUUAUCCCUCGAACCGAGAACACUAUCAAAUAUAUCAACUCUGAGCUCGACGAGCUUGAUCGAGAGGAGUUUUACCGCCUCAAGAAAGUUUCCAACAAGAAGCAGCGAGACACUGCUGCCGCAGACGCCGAGAUCCUUGCAGCCAGGCAACAAGCAGAAGAGAAGCCACGGAACGGCACACCAGAAGAGCCCGAGGCACCCGAUGUUUUGGGAGAGCAGGAAGACACGGACGUCAUCUUUUAG